AUGUCUCUCGUCGCCUAUUCGGACUCUGAGGGGUCUGAAGAUGACCAACCACAGACGAAACCUGAGAGGCCUGCACCGAAGCCGGCUACCGCGCCUCACAAUUCGAAUUUCACAGUCAACAAAACCAAUCCGAGGAAGAUACAGGUCAAACUCAACGAGGUGGCUACAAAAGGGGACGACGAUGGGGAACGAGCGCCGAAGCGACCUCGAGUAGGAGGAGGAGGAGCGUUCAGUGGGUUCAACGCAAUGCUCCCUGCGCCAAAACGAGAUGCCGAGACCAAGGCCGAGUCAAAGUCCACGGCGAGGAAAGUGUUUAGUCUCAGGACGGGCGCCGAACCUGCCUUCAGUCGGGAAGCAGAUGCGGAACUUCGACACCUAUUCGCAGGACAAAAGGCCGACGGCACCACACAAUCGAACGGAGACGACACAUUACCACCGGUCCCCAAGAGAGCGAGUCCAACAGCAGAUGUGCCGAAAGAUCAGCCGGUGAAAGGAAACCCUUUCAUGUUCAAACCACUAUCUGUGGCACGCAACAACAAGAAACCCAAACGUAGUCGCCCUGCAGAAUCAAAGGGCCCGGCUGGCCCAACAGUGCCAACGGCCGACUCUUCCAAUUCGACCACAGUUGAGCCUGUAAAGCCCGACGCCCCGCCGAAGAAGGUGAGCCUGUUUUCUAUAAACAGCGAGCCGGAAGCACAAGUGGGAGUUGAGCCUGAUGAAGCUGAGGACGAGAUAGUCGAGUUUCUUGACGAACCUGUGGGCGAUGAGACCUACUCUAUGUCCGGCGGACUAUCCACGAGCACAUCUAGUCAUCCUCAACCACAGUCUCUGGAUGCCAUUGCUUCAGACCUCAACCUCUCGAAAGCUGACCGGCGGCAGCUGUUCGGACGGCGUGGGCAGGGUACAGCCUCGGCAAUCAACGUGGUAAAUUUCAAUACGGAUGAGGAAUGGAGAGCAAACGAAGCCUUACGCGCCAGCGGCGAACAAAUACAACAUAAUCCCGUCCGAACCAUUGCUCCAGGCAAGCACAGUCUGAAACAGUUGGUGACUGUUGCUACGGGCCAGAAGGAAGCGCUUGAAGAAAGCUUUGCUACGAGUAGAAGGAACAAAAAGGAAGCUGGGAGCAAGUAUGGAUGGUAG